GGAAAAAUGAAAUCUUUAAAAUUGCACAUGUUCUUGAACCAUAAGUUUCCAUGUAAGUGUGGUAGCAAAAUAAAAUGUUACAGCAGGAAGAAUGUGAAUAAUGGUGGCCGCAGAACGCAACGCUCCAGCACCUACUCGAGGAUGCUUACAGUGGCCACCCAGACACAGGGGCACCAAUCUUUUUAAAUUUAGAAUGUGCUUCUGAGCUUAAAAAAACUAGAAUGCCUUGCUCUUGGUUCAAUAUGUAAUACAGUGUGAUUUAAAAGAGCAGAGUUAUGCAGGCUGGGCGUGGGGCAGGGUGCCUCCUACAUCAGCACAUCUUCUCAUGUCCCCAGGAAAGCCUGUGAAGUUGAGCUUAGCAGCCGAGGAGGUUGCCACGUUUUAUGGGAAAAUGUUGGAUCAUGAAUAUACAACAAAAGAAGUUUUCCAAAAUAAUUUCUUCAGUGACUGGCGGAAGGUACGUGCUGUGGGCAGCGCGACAGCUGUCCUGGACCCCACACCAGGGCCAGGUGCCGUCAGCUGCUGCCUCUCGUGGCCUGACUGAGCUCUUGCUGGCCACCCUCUUUUCUCAGAUGGCCUAGUGCUCUGUCGACAUUGCCCUGCCCGGCCUCUCCUCUCUCAGGAGCCGCUGGAGAGGCAGGCAGAGGGAGCGAGCCAGAUUUGUCUUGACCUUGCCCCAGGUACAGCUGCAAGGACAGGGAUGGCUCUCAGAAGGAGAGAUGGCAGGAGGCCAGGAGUGGCACCUUCUGGCCCUCAGGAAACAAACAUUUGGCAGGAAGUUCUUUGAAGAUAAGGUGCUAUGUUAAGGCUGUUUUCUUAUUUUAGAAAAUUGAGUUAGGCAUGAGUCUGCACUAAUCUUGGCAAACAGCUCAAUCGAGUUUCCCAUGUGCAUGCACCCUUGGGACUCCACACAGAGAAUGGCAGAAUGCUCCAAGGCCUUUCCCAGGACCUCUUUCAGCGUGACACCAGCGCAGUCCAUCCCAGGGUGCUGGCUGUUGCUGGCGUGCUCCACUGUGGGCACACACACCACGUGUCCAUUUCUCCAUCGUCGGGCAUCUGGGUCCUUUCUGGGUUUUGGUUGUCACAAGGGAAGCUGCCAAGGACAUUCUGGCCCAGGUCGUUGUGUGGACUCGAGCACUGACCUCUUCGCAGGGACCAAGGGUGGGAGGCUGGGUCACAGGCUGUCUGUGUCUGGCUGUACUGGAAAGCGCCAUGCAGUGUUCCCCCGCGCCUGUCCACGUGCAUUCUCAGCAUGUGUGCGGGGUUGCAGAGGGCCUGCGGUGUCACCAGGCUGGGGAGUGCGGUGGUCUCACUGUGGCUUGACCUUGCUUUUCCCUAAUGACCAGAGAUGGGGGCAUCUUCUUGUGUGCUUAUUUUCCCAUUUCCUUUUGUGAACUUAUGUUCAUUAAAAAAUUGAGUUGCUGGCAUAUUCCUUACUGGUCUGUAGGAGUCUUUCGUGAUGUCUUCUGGAUGCAGGUUCUCUGUCAGAUGCAUGGAGUGUGGAUCUUGUCCCGCAGUCUGUGGCCGUCUCACCUUCUCUCUUUGGAUGAAGAGAAAAGUUUCAUUGGAAAUGACAGCAGAAGAGAGGAAAAUCAUCAAGCACCUGGACAAGUGUGACUUCACAGAGAUCCACAGAUACUUUGUGGACAAGACUGCAGCCCGGAAAGCCCUGUCCAGGGAGGAGAAACAGAAGUUAAAAGAAGAGGCAGAAAAGCUUCAGCAAGAGUUUGGCUACUGUACUCUAGAUGGGCACCGAGAAAAAAUAGGCAAUUUCAAGACGGAGCCCCCUGGGUUGUUCCGGGGCCGCGGUGACCACCCCAAGAUGGGGAUGCUGAAGAGGAGAAUCCUGCCAGAGGACGUGACCAUCAACUGCAGCAGGGACUCAAAGAUACCCGAGCCCCCAGCAGGUCACCAGUGGAAGGAGGUGCGCUCUGAUAACACGGUCACGUGGCUGGCGUCGUGGACGGAGAACAUUCAGAACUCCAUCAAGUAUGUCAUGCUGAACCCAAGCUCGAAGCUGAAGGGGGAGAAAGAUUGGCAAAAGUAUGAAGUAGCUCGACGCUUGAAAGGGGUUGUGGAUGAGAUCCGUUCUCAGUAUCGGGCGGAUUGGAAGUCUCGAGAAAUGAAGAAGAGGCAGUGCGCGGUGGCCCUUUAUUUCAUCGAUAAGCUGGCGCUGAGAGCCGGGAAUGAGAAGGAAGAGGGUGAGACGGCGGACACGGUGGGUUGUUGCUCCCUCCGCGUGGAGCACAUCCAGCUGUACCCAGAGGCCGACGGCUGCCAGCACGUUGUGGAAUUGGACUUCCUGGGAAAGGACUCGAUCCGCUACUACAACAGAGUGCCCGUGGAGAGGCCUGUGUACAAGAAUUUGCAGCUGUUUAUGGAGAACAAGAGCCGUGGGGACGACCUCUUUGACAGACUGACCACUACUAGCCUCAACAAGCACCUUCAGGACUUGAUGGACGGCCUGACUGCCAAAGUGUUCCGCACCUACAACGCCAGCGUCACCUUGCAGGAGCAGCUGCGAGCCCUGACCAGAGCUGAAGACAGUGUAGCUGCGAAGAUUCUGUCUUACAACCGAGCAAACCGAGCUGUGGCCAUUCUCUGCAACCAUCAGCGGGCAACUCCCAAGACCUUCGAGAAGUCGAUGCAGAAUCUCCAGUUGAAGAUUGAGGCGAAGAAGAAGCAGGUGGCGGAGGCCAAGGCGGAGCUGAAGCAGGCUCGGGCCGGCCACAAAUCCAGAGGGGACGACAGGUCCAGAAGGUUUCCUCAGCCCCUGGCAGUUCUCGACUUGCCAGGCUUAAGCGUACAGGGCAGCUGCCGAGAGGAUCCCAGCUGGGACGGGCCCAAGCAGCCGUCUCUAGAACUCCGUUCCGGAUCCAGCCUUUUUUUCUCCCACUGGGAGGGGAGAGCAAUGCAAACUUUUAACACUUUUGGCCCAUCCAAAGCUCACUCUUGGGAAUUUGGGACCCUUUCUCCCACCUGGAGGAGAACAGAAACCCGAGGCCUGAGCUGGGCUGUCGUUUUUCCCUCUCUGUAGCCACUGUGGCCCAAAGCAGCCCGAGGAUGUGAGCCCACCCUCCUGGGGUUGGAGCUGUCGUUUCCAGAUUCCUCAGGGAGCUUUGACUCUCAGAGCAGACAGCAGCCCAGCUGCCGUUUCAUCACGGACGACUCCAUGGGCACCCAGGCCUCCUUCCUUGUCAGACGAGCCUCUUGCCAUGGCUCCGCCAGUCAGUGCCAGCGAGUCACACUUUGACACGAACUGAACCCCAGACCACUUCUGGGUUCAGGGAUUCCGCAGGACUCACCGGGCUCGGCAGUCACAGCCGUGGCUUAGUGGAGCGAAAGGGCACAGAGAGCGCCAGCAGACGGAGGCAGCGCACGAGCCUGUGGUGUCACACAGGGCGGGUGCCAUUUCUCUUACCAGCAAGCUGUGACGACACGUGUGAAAUGUCCACCAGAGAAGCUUAUUGGAGACUUGGUGCCCGGGCUGUCACGGGGGCUGGUCACCUAGGCUGCCUCUGCCCAGCACAUCCCUAACUUCCAGACCCCUGCGAGGAGAGCAGGAGCGCAGUGCAGAGCAUGUUUGUAUACACACGUCAGGCUCAGAGAGCCACCUCAGUGGGGGCCAUGGGACCCCCGAGAUCCAGCCUUGGAAGCAGGCCUGUCCGAGGAUGGGCAGGCCUGCUGUGUGAACUCUCCUCCACACUGUGCGCAAGGAGUACAGCUGAUGUUUUUUGAUCUUGUGUCCUGCAGCCUGCUGACCUCAUUUACUAGCGCUAGUAGUUUUUUAGCGGAGUCUGUAGGAUUUUUAAGAUCAUGUUAUCUGCAAAUAGAGAUAGUUUACUCCUUCCUUUCCAGUUGGAUGCUGUUUCUUUUCCUUGCCUGAUUGCUUUGGCUGGACUCUCCAGCACGGUGUCGAGUACUAGUGACAUGAGUGGACAGCCCCGUCUUGUUCCUGCUUCUAGGCCAGAGCUUCGCUCUCCGCACCAAGGACCGUGGCAGCCGCAGCCUUUCUUAGACGCCCUGCAUCUGUGGGGGCGUUUGCUCUCUCCCUAGGCCGUCAGGUGUGGGUUUUCGUGGAAGGGUGUUGGGUUUUGUCAGAUGCUUUCUCUGCAUCUGUGGAGACGAUCAUGUUUUUAUCUUCCUGUUGAGGUGGUCUGUCACAUCAGCUGAUCUUCAGGUGUCCAGCCGUCCUUGCAUCCCUGGAAUAAAUCCUGUUUGAUCAUUGUGUAGAAUCUUUUUUAUAUAUUGCUGAAUUUGGUUUGAUUGUGUUGAGGAUUUUUGCUUCUGUGUGUAAAAAGGAUAAUAGUGUGUGGUUUCUUGUGACGUCUUUGGUUUUAGUGUGAGGGUAACGCUGGUCUCAGAGUGAGGUGGGACGGGUUCCCUCCUCUUCCCUUCUGUGGAAGUGUGUGAAGAAUUGGUGGUACUCUUCUUUAAAUGCAUGGUAGAGUUCCCCGGUGACGUCCUCUGGGCCUGGGCCGUCUCCGUGGGAGGUGAUCGAUCGCUGUACUUGUUAGAGGCUUGUGCACGUUUUCCAUUCUUCUUGCGUCCGUUUUGGUGGUUUGUGUCCUGGUUCUUUGUUCACUUCACGGGGUCGUCUGGUUUGUGGGCACGCGGUUGUUCAGAGUCUCCCUUGCCAUCCCUCUCCAGCGAUGUGUCCCUUUAUUCCCAAUGGCUGUGGUUCUAGGCGUGCGAACGUUUCCUCAUUGUGACAAGUGUCCUUGGCUGCAGAGGGGCAUUUUUAACACGGGGGCUGUGUGUAAGAAAUGUCAAGUGAUCAGACCGUGGAGUAUUCAUAAUAAUGAAAAAUAAGGCUGUCAUCCACCCUGACCUCCAGUUCCCCCGGGGUGGCUGGGGACUUUCUGUGUGUCUUCCGGAAAGCCUGGACGUGUGCAUGCCCGUCGUCCUCCCUCCCCCACCCCCCUUUUCC